AUGUGCCGAACUACUCUCUGUGGCAUAUUAUUUGUUUUACCAUCCAUUUUACCUAUCGUUGCAUGGUUCGUUCCAUCCGUUGAACCGGACCCACCGAAGAAGGUUUCCGUUUCCUACAGGCUCUUCUUUUUGUUCUACCCCUUUCCCCCCCAGUAUCCCCCAGUAUCUACUCCGUAG